AUGUCCUCGGCAGGCUCUUACGUUUCAGACCAUGGCCAUGCGACUCGUGGAGAGUCUGAAUCGGACUCUCCAGGCACACCCCAUCACAGCUCCCAUUCUCAUGCCACCACUCCGUCAUCCGCGUCGACAAAGGCAAGGCCUAUCACUGCGUGCUUGACUUGUCGCAAUAGGAAAGUCAAAUGUGACAAGGUUUACCCCCUCUGCGGGCCAUGCAACAAAUCGGGAAGGGAAUGUAAAUACGACAAGUCCGCGCCAGGUGCGGUGGCUGCUCACGUUGGCCAUAGUAGCAAUAGCAGUUCUGCCGCCAAUAGCGCCACCAGCGGCCACCCACAUCCUAGGUCCACUACUGGUGCCGGUGUAACAAAGCAUGGGCAUGCUCAUGUCGCACACACGACGCAUUCACCGGCGAGCGGGAGCAAUGGACACCACGGACACGGCCAUGGGGGAAACAAGACGAAAGUAGACCUGCAGCAGAGAAUUACGCGGCUCGAAGGGUUGUUAGCCGCUAGUGUAGAACAGCUCAAGUCUGGGAACGUGGCGAUAAGCCUGCCGAAUACCGAUUUUUCACAGGGUCCCGGGUAUCCCGGAACCCAAGGGCCCUUAGGAUCCCAAGGAACUCAGGAUGUUCUCCCAGUAGCAGAUUCGCAUUUGAAAGUUAGGGACGGAGGAAAGACAAGAUACAUUGGGCCAUUGUCAUGGAUUUCGGCCGUUGAGAAUGAGAUCGAUGAUAUAAAACAAGCAAUCUCAGCUACAGAGGAUGAUGGCACACCUCGACCUGCCACCGAGGUGGGGACAGCUUGGGCAUCAAAUAUGAUGUUCCCAUCCGCACUUUCGUUGAUGGAUACCACCAAUCUGUCGUCCUAUAUUCCAACAAAAUCGCAUUCCGAUUUUCUUUGGCAAGUCUAUGUUGAAAGAGUACACCCUAUGGUGCAUAUUUUGCAUAGACCAUCCUUCGAAGUUAGCUAUAACGAUUUCUGGCAGGGUCGGAUGCCAGCGGAGAAUAUCAAAUCCUUCGUUGCUCUCCUAUUCUCGAUAUAUUACGCGGGUGUUGUCUCUAUGGACCCACCCAUGGCCCGAAGGGCUUGUGGGAUGGAACGUGACGAGCAACUUCGAAUUUACAGGGAAGCGACACAACAUGCUCUUGUAAAUGCCCGGUUUAUGGAAGCGGAAGAGCUGUGGUCACUACAAGCGCUGACAUUGUUAAUCUCGAUGCUACUUCAACAUUCCGGCCAAGCGCAAGGAAAUGCAACGUGGACUCUUGUAGCUGUUGCUUUUCGACUUGGUAGAUCAAUGGGGCUCCACCGUGAUCCAUCGAUAUUUCCGAAUAUUGGUGUUGUCGAGGGUGAGCUGCGACGGAGAUUAUGGUACUACUUAUUUCAAUUAGAAUUGUAUGCCAUCGGACCUGCCACUGCAAUCCCUGCCAUUACUGAGGAAAGCUACGAUACUCGCCUUCCGCAUAAUCUUGAUGACCACGAGAUAGUUGAUGGCCAACCGUUACCAGAAGACCAGACAGGAUAUACAGAAAUGUCGCAUUAUCUUUUCCGUUGUCUCGCCGGAAAAUAUUAUCUAUCAAGUUUGAAGGUUACUAGUAGCCUUCGAAAAGUAAGAAAAGAUGAUUUCCACAAUCUUAUCAGGGAAAUGCAAGCUUGGGGUAAAAAGUUAGAAAUGGAAUGGCUACCAAAGUUCAAUAGCGAAUCAGCCAAGGAAAGGUUGGCUAAGAAAACUGCAAUAUUGCUUGUCCACAAAGCCAUUCUCGUUUUAUAUUACCCCCUUAGCAAACCAAAGCACCGGACAUUACUACCAUCUUCAGUAAGAGAUAAUGCGAUCCAUGCGGCCCUCGUCGUCGUUGAAAUGUCCAAUUCGAUGGAAACAGACCCAGGGGUGGGCCCGUUUGUAUGGUUUUACAGUUCGUACACACAAUACCAUGGAGCAGCAAUCAUACUGGGAGAGCUCCUAGCGAACCCCGAAAGCAAGUUCAAAGACCGCGCAUGGAAAUGUUUAGAUGAAAUGUUUGCCCUUAGCAGCUUACCGGACCUAGCUUGGGCGAAGGGGGUAAAGGAAACAUCUGAUUGGAAACUUUGCAGAGGGCUCUACGAUAAAGCGUGCAGCACCAGAAGAUGGACAAACGCCCCUGGGGUUGUGACAAUGACUAGCAGUGAUGGAUAUAGCGUUCCACUUCCAACUUCAGGGCGGCCCGUCAACGUUCAAGAAGGGUGGGCUCCAGAUGUCGACUGGUCGAGUUGGGAUCAAAUGAUGACGAACGCUCUAUUUGACGAUUAUCUGCUUGGAAACCCAGAUUUCCAGGAGAUCGGAAAUGCAUACUUUGGCGGCCAGUCAUUACCUACAAGUUAA